CUCUUUUCUCUUCCGUACUGGUGAUGAACGGGAAGAAUUGUCAUCAUGCACAACCACAACAACAAACAAGGCUUGUUUUAUUGUUGUGUUCAUUGAUAAUAACAUCAAUUAUAUUACUUGGAACUUUUGGAGAAUGUUCAACAACAAAAACAAUGAUUUUGUCUCAAGUUAAUUGGAAUAAUAUUACAGCAAGUGAAUUACAGGCUUUGGAUCCUUCUGUUUUUACUAGUGUUUCGGCAUUAGAUAUUGCUUCUAUUCCUUCAUCUGCUUGUGUUGGGUUUAGAUCAGAACAAAUUACGAGAUUGACAGAAGAUGGAUGUGUUGGUUUCACACCACUUUGUUUUGCAAAUAUUCCUGCUUUGGCCUUUUCAGGAUUUACCUCUCCUUGUAUUUUGAAUAUUAGAACUGAUGCUAUGGGAAUGCUUUCUUAUAAUCAAUUACAGAAUAUUCAACCUGAUUCUUUUACUGGGUUGACAGCAAGUCAAUUGAGCUCUAUUAGUCCUGCAACUUGUGCUGCCUUCUCUAAACUUCAACUUUCUAGACUCACUUCAACUGUUAUGUUUGAUACUUGCAUUGGUUUCUCAAAGGCUUGUUUCUUCAACAUUUCAUUGGAUAGUUUAUCUGGAUUUGAAUAUCCUUGUUUUGCAAAGAUACCAGCUAGCAUUCUUGUUUUUAUGGAUUCUAAAAGAUUUUCUAAAUUAUCAGAUGGACUUGUUUCAUAUAUUGGACCUCAAAUUUUCCAAUUAUUUGAUGGAGAAGUAUGUGCCGGAUUUAGUGCUAACAAGUUAUCCCUGCUACCAUACGAAAGUUGUAUGUUUACAGAGUCGUGUAUUUCCAAUAUUCCUCCAAGUGCCAUGCGUGGCAUGUCUGCUCUCUGUAUGGAGAGUAUUCCAAAUCCUGGCCUUAGAGGUUUAACAGCUGACCUUAUUAGUAAUAUUCCUCCAGCAGCAUUCUCUCUUAUUUCUUCAUCUCAAUUAGCUCAAAUUUACAAAUACAAGAGAAAGGAAUUAUUUGAAGGAUUAUCAUUGGACCAAGCUCAAAGAAUUGAUUUUUUGAUUGUUUCUCAAAUGAAGCUCAUGUUCUCCACCUAUCAAUUACAAUCAGCAAACAAUUUACCAAGCGAUAUUCGUCAAUUAAAUUGGUUGCAAUUGGCUUCAUCAUCUGCUGUUUACACUUCAAAGCUAACAAGUUAUGAUAUUCCAAAGAUUUCAACUUACACAUUCUCUGGAUUUUUGGAAAUUCAAGUUAGUCAAAUGAGCUCAAACAUUUUUACUAAUGCCACUGAUGGACAAGUGUCAGCUUUGGAUUGUGCUUCAAUCUCAGGUUUAAGAGCUGAUCAAAUUUCUCAAAUGACCUCUCACCUCAUCUGUGCUUUGCAAAAUCCAUCCUAUUUGUACAAUUGUAUUCAACCUUCAACCUUUAGUGGACUCACUAUUCCUCAACUUCAGGAUGGUAUUGAUUGUGGAAGAGUUUUUUUGAUGGAUUGUGCUCAAUUCCGUUCAUUGACUAGAGAACAAUACAAAUUCCUCUCCUCCUACAAUCAAACUCAAGACAUUAGUAGAAGUUGUGGACCUAUUUAUGUUUCUCCAGCUCCAUAUCACAGCAAUCCAAGCCAUUCAGGAUCUUCCUCAACAAUCCUUAACAAUUUACUCAAUCUUAUCUUGUUUGUUAUCUUUGCUUUCAUUGCCAUCUGUUAUUAA